AUGACUAGUCUUGAAGAUUUAUCCAGUAGUUGGAAAUCACUUCCUGAUCACGUCAAAGUAAAGUUUGAGAAAAAGUAUGGGAGGAUUGUAACUUUGAUACGGGUUAGAGUACAAGUUCCUGCAUUAAAAGCCAUACUAUCAACUUGGAAUCCCAGGUAUAGGGUGUUCUCCUUCAGCAAUAUUGAUACAAUUCCCAUUAUAGAGGAAUAUAAGGCACUACUAGAAAUCCCUUAUGUGGCGCAAAAUCAGAUUUAUCUACACCUUGAGCAUAGGCAGACUUGGAAACGGUUUGCGCAUAUACUUGGAAUCUCUGCAGAGGAAGCAAAGGCAAAGGAAACCGUCAAGGGAAGCACACAUGGGUGGUAUUGGACUUACAUCAAAAAGCAUUUGGAUUUGCAUAUUCAGGACAAGCAAUGGGAACAGGUUUCGUUGGCACUAGCUUUGGGAAUUUACAGCCUGAUCUUGUUUCCUGAGCCUUUGGGAGUUAUAACUUACAGCGUCACGGAGUUGUUUUGGGCGGUAGAGAAGCAAAAUGUCAACCCAAUACCUACCAUCCUCGCAGAGACCUUUUUGACUCUAACGUAUUGCCGACGACAGGGUAAGGGAACCAUCAAGUGUUGUUCCCAAUUGCUACAUCUUUGGAUCCUCAGCCAUAUCUGUCCUCUGGAAACUAAGGGAUUAACCUGGUAUCCCGACCAGCCUCUCAUCGAAAAGAUGACUAAAUUGGCAAUAAGUCCAAAGAAUGAACUACAAUGGUGA